UCAGUGGGACGAUAGCCGAGGUUUUAGUGAAUGUAAACGCGUUUUCUCUGCGUGCUUGAGCUUGCUUGCCUGCCUGCCUGCGUGUCUUUCUUGUUUCUAUUGUUUCUUCUUCUUCUUUUUCGUUUUUUUUUUCGUUUUUCUUUUCACUUCUCUCUCUCUCUCUCUCUCUCUCUCUCUGUCUCUCUCUAUCUAUCUAUCUAUCGCUCUCUUAUUCUAUUAUCAUCUUUCCUUAAUCACAAACCAACGAACAAAAGAAGAUAAAUCCUUUUGUUUCAAGUUUAUUCGAAUUUAUGAGGAUAGAGGGAGAUAGAUAUGUGGAUAUGGAAGAGGGGGGGUUGGUUUUGGUUGGCAAUCGAAAAUUUUCAUAAUUUUCUUUUGCAAAAACUUUGUCAUUUUUCGUGCUUAGUAUUAUACGAGAACGUCGUUAUCGUGCCGGUUUAAAAAAAAAGGAUAUCAUUGGGAAUCCUGAACUGUCGUUGGUUCUUCUUUCUUGUGGCUGAAAAAGGAAAGGAAAGGAAAGGAAAAGGAAAGGAAAAAAGAAAAGAGAAGAAAAGAGGAAAAAGAAGGAGAGUGCAGUGCGUAUCUACUUACCUGUUUUAUAUCCUCCUCCCCUGCCACGUUAUGCAUGGCCGGUGAAAGUUUGCUUCAACGAGUGCAUUGAUCUACUGAAGUUAAGAGAGCAGAAGAACGCAGGUGACGUAAGUCGAGACGACGGCGUACCAGAGAGAGAAAGCUUCGAGGAAGCUAGAGGAGGAGGUGGAGGAGGAGGAGGAAGAGGAAGAGAUAGAGGAGGAGGAAGUUGAGAAGGCGAAAGAGGAAGAGAAAGAGGAAGAAGAAGAGGACGAGAGGUGGCGUAAAAGAAGGAAGAGAAGAAGAUCGUUGAGGAGCGAACUUUCUAAAAGAAGAAGAAGUAGCAGCAGCAGCAGCAGCAGCAGCAGCUGCAGCAGCUGCAGUGGCAGCAACAACACCAGCGGAGAAAGUAAAAGGCUGAGGAAUAAAGGAGGUGAGAUGUGCAGAAGGAGGAGAAUACGAAGAAACUCUUGGUGCGUGUUUGUGUAGAUCAUCAUUGAAGAUUGAAAGAAAAAAAUUCAGAAAAAGAAUAGUAAUAAUAAUAAUAAUAAUAAUAUAAAAAAGGAAAAAGGGGAGAUAAAUCGAAAGAGGAAGCAAAUAAAAGGGACAUUUUGUUGUGUGUGAUUAGAAUAUAAAAUAUAUAUAUAUAUAUAUAUGUAUAAAUAUAUAUAUAUAUAUAUACAUAUAUAUAUAUAUAUGUGUGUGUAUAUAUAAGUGAAGUUUAAUUGCUUUAAAAGUGUCACGGGGUUUUGAAAGUGAUUAAAAGGAGUGUGAUUCGCUGGGCCUUAAAAGGCUGUGAAGAUAUCAAGGAGGAUUAGAUGGUGGAGGUGCUCGAGGGCCUGGCUCUGGAGGCAACGGGGCCGUGCAGGGCACCUCGCACCUAUCCAGGGCCGGGCAAGCUAGCGGCCCUUAAAAGCAGCGUCGUUGCAAUCGUCGACGCUGAUAUUAUAUUAAGACUCGUCUUUCCUCCUUGGUUCUUGGAGCCCAAGAAGGGCUCCUACGUUCGGAGCGAGGCUGGCGAGCGCAAUGUGGCAGAGCGGCGGCAUUGGCGCCCAUGCGGCGAACAAUCCGUGGAUGAAGUUGAUGGGCAUCGUCCACAAGGAAAGGAGACAUCACGAUUCGGGUUCAGUUGCCGCCGCUGCAUCCGGGGUUCAAGGUUCAGCUACCACCGGAAGCAACGAUCGUACCCUCAAUCAAUCGCUGCCGAAACUCAGCAGCCAGGACGAGGAUGGGCCGAACCCUCACACCCAAUACACAGGCGUCACGCACUUCGAGCCCAUACCGCACGAUCAUGACUUUUGUGAGAGGGUCGUCAUCAACGUGAGUGGAUUACGGUUUGAGACACAACUGCGCACGCUAAACCAGUUUCCGGACACGCUGCUUGGCGAUCCGGCAAGGCGGCUUCGAUAUUUCGAUCCGCUUCGCAACGAAUACUUCUUCGACCGGAAUCGGCCUUCCUUCGAUGCGAUACUUUAUUAUUAUCAAAGCGGUGGUCGACUUCGCCGACCAGUCAACGUUCCCCUCGAUGUUUUCUCCGAGGAGAUCAAAUUUUACGAACUGGGCGAACUUGCCACCAAUAAGUUCAGGGAGGACGAGGGCUUCAUCAAAGAGGAGGAGAAGCCGCUGCCGUCGCACGAGUUCCAGAAGAAGGUCUGGUUGCUGUUCGAGUACCCGGAGAGCUCUCAGGGAGCCCGGGUGGUCGCCAUAAUCUCCGUGUUCGUGAUUCUCCUCUCGAUCGUAAUCUUCUGCCUAGAGACCCUGCCAGAGUUUAAGCAUUAUAGGGUCUUUAACACGACGACGAACGGCACGAAGAUCGAGGAGGACGAAGUGCCGGACAUAACGGACCCGUUCUUCCUAAUAGAGACUAUUUGUAUCAUCUGGUUCACGUUCGAGUUAUCGGUGCGCUUCCUCGCCUGUCCAAAUAAAUUUAACUUCUUCCGUGACGUAAUGAACAUCAUCGACAUCAUCGCGAUCAUUCCUUAUUUCAUCACCCUCGCCACGGUAGUGACCGAGGAAGAGGACACGCUUAAUCUACCAAAGGCACCGGUUAGCCCUCAGGACAAGAGCACGAAUCAAGCGAUGUCUCUGGCGAUUCUAAGAGUCAUCAGGCUUGUCAGGGUGUUCCGGAUAUUCAAGCUGUCCAGGCAUAGUAAAGGCCUCCAGAUACUUGGCCGUACUCUGAAGGCCUCUAUGAGGGAGCUCGGUCUGCUCAUCUUUUUCCUUUUUAUCGGUGUGGUGCUAUUUUCAUCGGCGGUAUACUUCGCGGAGGCCGGCUCCGAGAAUUCGUUCUUCAAGUCCAUUCCGGACGCGUUCUGGUGGGCCGUUGUCACGAUGACGACCGUGGGCUAUGGUGACAUGACGCCCGUGGGAGUCUGGGGGAAAAUCGUGGGUUCCCUUUGUGCGAUCGCGGGUGUCUUGACGAUCGCGUUACCCGUCCCCGUCAUCGUCUCCAACUUCAACUACUUCUAUCACCGUGAGACUGACCAGGAAGAGAUGCAGUCACAGAACUUCAAUCACGUGACUAGCUGUCCGUAUCUCCCUGGCACGCUAGGUCAGCACAUGAAGAAGAGCUCGAUGUCGGAGUCGUCGUCGGAUAUAAUGGAGCUGGAAGAAGGCAUUCUGCUGACGCAUCCAGAAAUUACGAAGAAGCCCAACUGCAACCCUCGCCACAAUAAUAAUAUUAAUCCAGCCUGCAUGAGCAUCGAGACUGACGUCUGACUACUAGUGAAGGAGACGGUGGCAGCGUGGUGGCCGGUGUUGGGACAGUUGUCAAAGAGCAGCUGUAACUCCCUACGGUGCCUAACGUAGACCUCCUUCAUAUACAUACACACACACAAAAAAAAAAAAAACAAAAACAAAACAAAAAUCCGUCGUGCCGCGCGCAUGCGCGCAGGCGAACACGCGAGACGUGUUGCGCAGCGCGCGUGGCGCGCUCGAUGUUCGAUCGUGCGCACGCGCGUACGGUUUAUGUCCAGUCUGUCAAUACGAGGGGUGCUUCCAGUCCAAUUGCCAUUGAAAAGAGAAACGAAAGAAGAAAAAGGAAAAUAUAAAAAAAGGUAUAGGAGGAAGAGUAGAGGCGAAUGAAGAGAAGAGACGGUACGAGACGAGACGAGACGAGAUCAGACAAACGAAAAGAGAAGAGGAGGAGAUACGAGAAGAGAAGCAAAGAGGAACGACGAGACGAGACGAGAAAAGGAGAGGAGUGGAGUGGAGUGGAGUGGAGUGGAGUGAAGAAAGGAUCUACGAAUCGUUUGACGACCAAUCGGUACGACAGCGAGCUGACUUCUUCUUCCGUGCGAAGGGAAGUGUGGAAGACGACGACGUGUUCAGGGUAAGAAGAGGAGGACGCUGAGAUAGUGUGCAUCAUCGUCUGAGAAUUUAGGAAGAAAAAUAGUACGGAGGGAAGAGGGGAGGAAAUAUUGCGAGGUGAAAUAGAAAGAAAGGAGAUAGACGGAUAAGAUAAAUAGGCGAGAAUAGAUAAGGAUAGAGAGAGAGAGAGAGAGAGAGAGAGAGAGAGAGAGAGAGAAAGAGAGAGAAAGAGUUGUCUGUCUGUGUAUGAAUGUAUGAAUGCAUGAAUGCAUGCGUGAGAGAGAGAGAGAGAGAGAGAGAGGGAGAGAAAGAAAAAGACAGCCGCUUAAAAAGUGUCACGUAACUCGUCAUCAGGCACUUCGGACGAAAGCAUUCCUCGCGCGUGAAUCCACCCCUCACACCACCGACUCCAGUGUUCAAGAUAAAAAAAAAAAAAAAAAAAAAAGAAAAAAGAGGAAAAAAAAAGAGGAAAGAAAGAUAGAAAGGAAUUAUAACGAGGGAGAAAAAAGAUAUAGAUAAGAGAACGAAAGGUGAACGGAAAAGGACUGUUAGAACACAAAAUUUUCUUGCCUGCCUAUCCUUUUUCUCCCUUCGAGCAUCUCCACCAGAAUAGCGUCCGAUGAUAUAUGGGGAGAGGCACGGAGAGAGUAAGAGGACGGCUACGGACCAUCGGGAAUUAUAUCGAAUAAAUGCUAAUUGAUUAUUGUCGAAUAUAAUAAUUAAUUGGCCGAUUUGACGCAUGACCGAGGUACGUUCAAAUACGUUUUAUCGAUUAAGUAAGGGUGGACUGGUUAAACGGAGAUUCGAGUGCGGCUGCGGAAAGAGUGGACGUGAAAGGGAGAAAGAAAGUUUGAGUGAAUGAAAGAAAAAGAUAAAAAAAAAAAGGUAAGAAAGAGAGGGGAGUGAGAGAGAGAGAGAGAGAGAGAGAGAGAGAGAGAGCGAGAGAAUUGAUCGUGGAUUUGGCAAGAAAAAAAAGAAAAAGAGGAAAAAAAAAAACGGGCAAAAUAAUUCUAGGGGCAGUGUGUCUAGCGGUGGAAAAACCGUUCUACUCGUUUCUCCAUAUUUUUUACUGAGAGUGACAAAUUCGAAGUACAAGUUCUUCGGCUGUUUAAAUUAAUCGCGAUAAAAUGUUUCGAAUGUUAAAUUUCGUUUCUUCGACGGCGAUACUGCAUACUAUCGUACAUGCAUAAUAGAUUAACAUAAAACAUAGUAAACGAUCGCAGGCGUCGAAACGAUAUGGAAUUCACGUUUACGAAUGUGACGCGUGAAACGCAACGUGAUACGAAAUGCUAAAAAAAAAAAAAAAAAAAAAAAACCCUAUAUGCAGUAUUGCAACGCGUUACAGAGUCCGAUCGGUGAUAUUAUUUGAUACGUACGUAUCACAGAUUGAACGUCGUUCGAUUAACUUUUAGACAAGUAAAUGGAACAAGACCGUGUAUCGAGAUUAUCUCGAAUGUAUGUACUUUUGGUAUACCAAUAUCGACGAAUCAAUAAAUUUCCAAAUUUCCGAUUGAUGCGUCUAGCAUAAUCGUUAAGACGGUUGCUUCGUCGUAAGGAAAACAAAAAAAAAGAAAAAUAAAAAAAGAAAUACAGCAAAAGAAAAAAAGAAACCAAAACAAAAGUGAUAACGAAAUUACGAAACAAAGAACAUACGAACGAACGAAGGAAAUAAAAGAAGUAAGCAAGGGAACGAUAUAAAAACAAAAAAAGAAAAAAGAAGAGAGUGAGAGUGAGAAAAAAGAAAAAAAAAAAAAAAACAGGAUAUUACUCUUGUUCGUGCGUGAGUCCCUAAUCGUUCGAUAUUUAUGCUAAAUCGAUAUUUAGAUAACUAAGCGAUGGGAGAUCCACGGCAAAACUAUUUCGAUGAACCGAAAAAAAGCGAGCAAGAAUAAUGAUGGGAGGAAGGGGAAUGAAGGAACCCCACGGAAAAAAAAAAAGAAGAAAAAAGAAAUAAAACGAUGCAAAGAAACGACAUUAUCUUCGACGUUUCGCUAUACUUUUUACGGCUCAAAAAAGGAAGUAACGUCGUGGAAUCGCGAUGACUGCCAUUUUACGAUUAUCUCGCGUAGAUCGUCCGAAUUCAGCCAAUCUCCGAUUACAGAUUACGAUGAUAACUAGUAGUCCUAUUUUAAAUCCGGAUCCGCAUUUGCAACUCGUAUACCCUCGCGAGCUCUAUUUGCCUUCAUAAGAAAAAAGAAAAAAAAAGCAAAAAAGAAAGAAAAAAGACAAAAAAAAAUUCAACGCCGGUACUAUCGAGCGGUCUGCCGUGACGUCUUACGCGCGCAAACUGCCAAAAACGAGACGAUAAUCGAGAGACAGAAAGAGAGGGAUUAGAGAUGAAGUAAACAAAGUCAAAAAAAAAAAAA